AUGGAGCGUCUCACAUUAUUUCAUCUGCGACAAGCUGACAGGACUAGUGAACCUGAAACUAGGACUAUUAUAGACCAAAUGGAAACGGAACGUCUCGUUAGUAAAGCGUAUUACGAGAAACUUUGUCAGUGGAAGGAUGAUGCACUUCGGUUAUUCAAAAUAAACCACAUAAAUUAUCUUAGCAAGCGACUUUUCAAUCUUCCUAUGAGUUUUGAACAUUUAGAUGCAAGCCAACCAUGGUUGGCAUAUUGGAUUGUACAUGCUUUAAGACUGCUAAACUUUGUAAUCCCAGAGGAGACCUCUGUAAAACUGAUAUCGUUUCUAGCGUCUUCUCAGCAUCCGGAAGGAGGUUUUGGUGGCGGGCCUUAUCAGUUUGCACACCUUGCGACUUCAUAUGGUGCAGUUAAUUGUUUAGCUUCUUUAUGUCGUCGAGAUGCCCUAGAUAUUAUCAAUCGUGAUGCACUCGCUGACUGGAUGCGAAAACUUCAUCAACCGAACGGUUCAUUUUUAAUGCAUUUGGGGGGUGAAGCUGAUGUUCGAGGUGCUUACUGUGCCGCAGCAGUUGCAAAACUAACUGGGUUGUUAAAGAAAUAUCCUGAUUUGUUUGAGUCGACUGCGGAGUGGGUGGCUAGUUGUCAGACAUAUGAAGGUGGUUUCGGGGGUCAACCAGGAUUAGAAGCUCAUGGUGGUUAUGCUUUCUGUGCUGUAGCAACGCUAUGUAUUUUGGAAAGGUCAGAGUUAAUUAAUUUGCCUAGACUAUUGAAUUGGGUUAGCCAUCGUCAAAUGGCGACAGAAGGUGGUUUUCAGGGUAGAACAAAUAAGUUGGUGGACAGUUGCUAUUCAUUUUGGCAAGGUGCUAUUUUCCCAAUUGUCGAGGAGUUGUUGUGGCUAUCUGGUGACCUUGCUCUUAAUGAUUGUGAUUCAUUGUUUAAUCCUUCUGCCUUGCAAGAAUAUAUACUGCUCUGUUGCCAAAAGGUUUCUUACACUCGUCCAGGUCUAAGCGUGCAUGCAGAUGACUCUUCAGGUGGAAAAUUAUCGUCUUCAAAUAAAAAUAUUACGUCCGAAUACGAUGUAUCUACUUGUGAUGGUGGAUUAAUCGAUAAACCCGGGAAAAAUCCGGAUGCAUAUCACACGUGUUACUCGUUGAGUGGAUUGAGUAUAGCACAACACUCUCCUCGUUGCCGGAUGAAAUCGUACCAAAAUCCUAAUCUUCCUCACCCAUCAUGUGCUGUGGAUGUAUUAGGUGAAGAAUCGGGUAAUGAACUGGUUGACUUAGAUCCUGUUCAUAAUAUCAUACAUGACGGUUUGGCAUUCAUUGUCACAUACUUUUCUGAACUAGAUAAUGGCCAUUCACCAAUAUAUGCUGAGAAAUUAGCGAAGGCAGCAGCUGAAGAAUACUCUAUGCCUGCACCAUUAAUACAAACACAGAGAAAUGUUACAGAGGUUUAUGCUUGUGAUACUAGUGAUGAUGAACCCGCCGCCCCCCCGCAUUCUCAAUCAAUGAACACUUGUACAACACCGUGA